AUGGAGGAGUGCCUGCCCGACUCAACGGCAAUGGAGGAGCCGACAGUGAGCGAGGCGGAGGCGGAGGCGGAGGCGGCGGCGGGGAAGGGAGGAGUGGCAGCCCGGCCGCCGCAUAUCUCCGACAUGAAGCCGGUCACUCGCGAGGCCUACGGCGGAGGUUUGUACGGCACCGACGACGACGGUGGCACCGCGGCUGAGAAGCCGCCGGCCAGCGCCACCCAGAGCGCUGAUGGUCCGCCGCAGCCGGUGUCGCCGCCGAAGCAUAAACCGCCGCCAUCGACGGGCGACCGCGAUCGGGAUAUCACCGGCCAAUCUUAUAUCCAGUAACUUAGAUGGGUCUCCUGAUCCGCAAUUAAAAGAACCACUUGUGCUCGUAUAUGUAUCAGCUUUCUUUCUUCUCUCUUCUUUCCUUUCACUUCGUUGCCUUGGCGUUCUGUCUUGGAUGCCAUAAAUAUGCUGUACUGCUUGCAUUUGCUCGACGUUGA